AUGGCUCUGUCCCUGCCCGGCGAGACGUGCCUUGGGGAUGGCGGGGACGUGCCCGGGGUGAGCCCCGCCAACUUCGCUGCCUUCUGCUCUUCCUUCCUGUCUCCCGCUCCGUACUUCGAGGUGUUCCCCGACUUCUUCCAACUCCCGAAGUCCCUGGGAGGGCUGCUCCCCCCUUCUCCACCGCUGACCACCUUCAGCAGGGCUCUUUCUCUCCUGAUGCAGCCGCCCCAUCAGCCCCCAUCUGAGCUCUUCCCCCGCCCCCCCCCGCCCCUCUACGCCAGGCCGUCGAACCACGACCCACCCGCGGAGGACUCGCCCCUCGGUGUGGGGGUCCUGGACUCGGUACCGCUGCUCUGCCCGACCUCCCCGCGCCGGGCUGCCCGCAGCCCGGAAGAGCCCGGCCGGUACCGCUUCAGCGAGGAGCAGCUCCAGGCCGUACUCUACGGGACACUCCGCAGCCAGCCGGCCGGCAGCCUGCACGCCAUCUCGGGGCUCCGCCUGUCCCCCGACAGCCCGGGUGCUGCGGACUCCUCCUGCCCGUUGCUCGACAGGGACGCACUGCAACUGCCCGAAGGGCUCUCGGUGCUGCGGGUGGCCUAUGGGGACGUGUCUCAGCUCGGCGUGUUCUGCACGGACCCCAUCCCCAAAGGAGUCCGCUUCGGCCCUUUCCAGGGCAGGGUGGUGAACACCAGCGAGAUCAAGACUUACGACGAUAACUCGCUGAUGUGGGAGAUCUUUGAAUACGGCCGCCUGAGCCACUUCAUCGACGGGAAAGGCACCUCCGGCAAUUGGAUGUCGCUGGUGAACUGCGCCCGCUUCCCUGAGGAGCAGAACCUGACGGCUAUCCAGUGCCAGGGGCAGAUCUUCUACGAGAGCUGCAAGGACAUCCUGCCCAAGCAGGAGCUGCUCGUGUGGUACGGUGACUGCUACGUGCAGUUCCUGGGCAUCCCGGUCAGCCUGAAGAGCUUGACAGAGGGCAAGAGACCUCCGCAGCACCCCGAAGAGGCCGGGGAGAGCUUCAAGUGCGAGCGCUGCGGGAAGGUCUUUUCUUACAAGUCCUACAGGGAUAAGCAUCUCAAGUACACUCGCUGCGUGGACCAGGGGGACCGCAAAUUCCCUUGUCACCUCUGCAGCCGCUCCUUCGAGAAGAGGAACAGGCUGAGGAUCCACAUUCUCCACGUCCAUGAGAAGCACAGACCUCACAAGUGCUCAGUGUGUGGGAAGAGCUUCUCCCAGUCCUCCAGCCUGAACAAGCACAUGCGGGUCCACUCUGGGGAGCGCCCCUACAAAUGUGUCUACUGCAACAAGGCGUUCACAGCGUCCAGCAUCCUGCGCACACACAUCCGGCAGCACUCCGGGGAGAAGCCCUUCAAGUGCAAGCACUGUGGCAGGGCCUUCGCCUCGCACGCCGCACACCGCAGCCACGAGCGGCGCGUGCACGGCCGGGACCGCGGCCCCAAGGAGCUGCCCUGCCCCGCCACACUGCACAUACUCCUGCUGCUGCCAGCACCCAUGGUGCUGGACUAG